AAGGGAAGGAGAAGCCCAGGCAGAUGUGAGUGCGUAUGUCUCUGCUCGUCGGCCACGGCACAUUUCCUAUAUGUAUUUAAGCCAGGGAAUGCGGAACCCCGGCGUCCUAUCUCCACCCCUACCCAUCUUCCUACCCCCACUCCGAACUCCGAUCUCGAACCCUCCUCGUGCUGUCUUGAGCUACAAUUGCAACAUUUGCGCGCGCUAAAAUGAAAACAUUUCCUUCACAUACACGAGGCCGACGUCUUGACAAACACACAGAUAAGACGACCAGGGGAUCAAGAACUGUGGCACGAACUACCACCAAAUCAAGAAAGGAGGAAAGAAAUAACGCGGCCUACCUGAAUUCUAGAUACUCUUAGAAGAGUAUUUUUGGGAGAUUAUAGUACAAGUACAAUUUUAAAAUAAAGGUAUCGAGAUUACAAGAACGAUGCCUUGUACAUAUGGCAUUCUUAUUCUUGAACUAACACUAGACUCUUUAAAGAAUACGAACUUGUAAAGUUCUUCCUCUGUGCAGUUCUAGACAACUUAAAAACGUCCAUUCGUGACUGUAUUUCCUGUGUCCACAGAUCCAUAUAAGACAUAUAACACCGCGCAUAUAGACAGUUAUCGUUUUAAGGCCUCUGAAAUACCCAACCUGACAUAUAGAGUAUAUCCCACAUAGGUGAAGCAAUGCAGGAUCGUUGAAGCGACCCCUGCUCGAGGGUUGUUUUCUGUGCCUCCCCUGGCUCUGUCUCGUUCGGACACUCUACCCGUCCCUCUUUCGCUCGCUCGCUACGGCUGGAGGAGAUGUCUGCCUCAGAGAUCUUGGACAGAAGGUGAGCUCAGUUAGGUUUUGACAGCGGAACGCGUAGGUACAGCGAAGCGGGUAGCAACGGGUAGCGGGUUUAGUGAAGAACAGAACAGACCACAAAGUACAGAAAAAUUAAAAACGACUACAGACUACGAUAUUGUUAAACAGUUUACCUAAAAACAUAAGGAAAAGAAAACCAAAUUAACCAAACCGAAAGUUAAAGUUGUGUUUAUGUUUGAUCGUUGAGUUAUUGUUAUUUCGAAAGUUAAACGAGCGUUGUUAUUGAGACAUUAAGACAAAAUCCAAAGAGAAUCGUUACCGAGUUAAACCGAAAGUUCAAAAUACCAGUUCAAAAAUGUCUUUCUCCAAGGCUAAGCUAAAGCGUUUCAACGACGUGGAUGUGGCCAUCUGCGGGUCGCCGGCUGCGUCCAACAGCUCGGCGGGAUCGGCGGGCAGUGCCACGCCCACCGCGUCUUCGGCAGCCGCUGCUCCGCCCACCGUUCAACCGGAGCGCAAGGAGCAGAUCGAAAAGUUCUUCAAGGACGCCGUGCGUUUCGCGUCGAGCUCGAAGGAGGCCAAGGAAUUCGCCAUUCCCAAGGAGGACAAAAAGUCCAAGGGAUUACGCCUGUUCCGUACUCCUUCGUUGCCGCAGCGCCUGCGCUUCCGUCCGACACCCAGUCACACGGAUACGGCCACCGGAAGCGGAAGUGGCGCCUCAACAGCGGCAUCCACUCCGCUGCAUUCGGCAGCCACCACGCCCGUGAAGGAGGCCAAGUCCGCCAGUCGACUGAAGGGCAAGGAGGCACUCCAGUACGAAAUCCGUCACAAGAACGAGCUGAUCGAGAGCCAGUUGAGCCAACUGGACGUGUUGCGCCGCCAUGUGGAUCAGUUGAAGGAAGCCGAGGCGAAGUUGCGCGAGGAGCAUGAGUUGGCCACCAACAAGACGGACCAGCUCAUCGAAGCCCUGACCACUGAGAAUUUAUCGCACAAAGCUCUGAACGAGCAGAUGGGCCAGGAGCACGCUGAUCUGCUGGAGCGUUUGGCCGCCAUGGAGCAUCAGUUGCAGCAGCAGCGCGAGGAGCAUGAAAGCCAAGUGGAGGCGUUGGUUGCCGAGAGCGAGGCACUGCGUCUGGCCAACGAGCUGCUCCAGGCGGCGAAUGACGAUCGUCAAAAGGUUGAGGAGCAGUUGCAAGCACAACUCUCUGCCCUCCAAGGAGAUGUGGCUCAGGCCCGCGAGCACUGCAGCCUGGAACAGGCCAAGACCGCCGAGAACAUCGAGCUGGUGGAGAAUCUCCAGAAGAGCAACGCUUCCCUGUUGGCCGACGUGGUCCAGCUGAAGCAGCAGAUCGAACAGGAUGCCAUGUCCUACGGUCAGGAGGCCAAGAGCUGCCAGGCGGAACUGGAGUGUCUGAAGGUGGAGCGCAACACCCUCAAGAACGACUUGGCCAACAAGUGCACUCUGAUCCGCUCGCUGCAAGACGAGCUCCUGGACAAGAACUGCGAGAUCGAUGCUCACUGCGACACUAUCCGCCAGUUGUGCCGGGAACAGGCUCGCCACACCGAGCAGCAGCAGGCGGUGGCCAAGGUGCAGCAGCAGGUGGAGAGUGACCUGGAGAGCGCUGUGGAGCGCGAGAAGAGCUACUGGCGCGCCGAGCUGGACAAGCGUCAGAAGCUGGCCGAGAACGAGUUGAUCAAGAUCGAGCUGGAGAAGCAGGACGUGAUGGUGCUGCUGGAGACCACUAAUGAUAUGCUGCGCAUGCGCGACGAGAAGCUGCAGAAAUGCGAGGAGCAGUUGCGCAACGGCAUCGACUACUACAUCCAGCUGAGCGACGCACUGCAGCAGCAGCUGGUGCAGCUGAAGCAGGACAUGGCCAAGACGAUCACCGAGAAGUACAACUAUCAGCUGACUUUGACCAACACUCGAGCCACCGUCAACAUACUGAUGGAGCGUCUAAAGAAGUCCGAUGCGGAUGUGGAGCAGUACCGUGCGGAGCUGGAAUCGGUGCAGCUGGCCAAGGGAGCGCUGGAGCAGAGCUAUCUGGUGUUGCAGGCGGACGCAGAGCAACUGCGCCAGCAACUGACCGAGAGCCAGGAUGCGCUCAACGCACUGAGAUCCUCCUCCCAGACGCUGCAGAGCGAGGUAUCGUUGAAGGAGUCCUUGCUCCACGAGCUGCUCGCCGGCGAGGCGGAGACGUUGGCUAAAUUCAAUCAGAUUGCAAACUCGUUCCAGGAGCGCAUCGAUGGCGACGCCCAGCUGGCCCACUACCACGAGCUGCGCCGCAAGGACGAGACGCGCGAGGCCUAUAUGGUGGACAUGAAGAAGGCGCUGGAUGAGUUCGCCACUGUGCUGCAGUUCGCCCAGUUGGAGCUGGACAACAAGGAGCAAAUGCUUGUGAAGGUCCGCGAGGAAUGCGAGCAGCUCAAGUUGGAGAACAUUGCCCUCAAGUCCAAGCAACCGGGAUCCGCCUCCCUGCUGGGAACACCUGGCAAGGCCAACCGCUCGAACACCACCGAUCUGGAGAAGAUCGAGGAUCUGCUGUGCGACUCGGAGCUGCGAUCCGACUGCGAGAAGAUCACCUCGUGGCUGCUCAACUCCUCGGAAAAGUGCGUGCGCCAGGACAGCACCAGCGAGAUCAGCGAGCUCCUUUCCGCCGGCAAGUGCUCGCCCCGUCCCGCGCCCCGCACUCCCAAGGCGGCGCCGCACACCCCGCGCAGUCCGCGCACCCCCCACACCCCACGAACACCCCGCUCGGCGGCCAGUACUCCCAAGAAGACUGUCCUGUUCGCCGGCAAGGAGAACGUGCCCAGUCCGCCACAGAAGCAGGUGCUCAAGGCACGCAACAUCUAGGCUAUUCCUUUGUACCAACUACUCUAUCGUACUAUUAUAAAUUAUAUACCUUAGCUAAGAUCCGAUUCGAAAUAUAAUCAAUACACGUUGCACACAACACAGCCGGAGGUGUUUUGGAAAUCUCUUUCGAGCACACUCCGACUAAAUAUCAAAUCUUUUUGUGUUAUAUCUUUCUCGUUUUUGCAUGAGAUUUACUAAAUCUCAUAUAAAAUACCUUAUUUACUCAAAGGCUAUUUCAAUGACAGGAAAUAUCGUUCCACUCAAUCUUUUCAAACCUUAAUGGACAUUUGAUUAUUGACCUUUAAACAAGGGCGUUAUAUAACGUGGGGUUUAUUCUGAGCAUUUUUAAAGAUAUUUUAUAAUAUAAUAUAUAGGUACUAGUCUAUAUAGACUCAUCCUUGAAUGUAACCAAAACCUUUUUGUGUAUCAACUACUUUGUUCAUUUAUUAGCAAAUGUAUACAUCUAAAGUUAAAUUAUCUGUAAAAAAUAAUAAAAGAAAUUCUGAUCUAAAAUGUAGAAGUGUACAGUUUCAUAAUUACAAAGCAGCUUGAUAAUACCGCAUACGUC